GCCGUGGCCUCCAUCUGACAAACAGCAAAUUCCCUUUCCUGUUCCUCUACCUGCCCUGGACAAACAACCACAGCCCACCAGCAGCAGUCCCGCUGCCCGGCCGCACGCACGGUGCCCCACCCCUACGCGGCGGGCGCCUCAGUUUCCCUCCCUCGCGCGGUGCAGUUGUCGCCAUGGCUGCCGGGAAGGCUCCCCGCUGCUGCCAACGCAGGCCCGAGCUGCUGCGGGCCUGGCCGGGGCCCACAUCCGCAUCCGACAUGGAGGCAUUGGCUCGAGCAGACAUCGACCAGGCUGUGCACGUGCUGUUAUCCAGGGAGAGCUACGUGGUGAGGAGUCUGGAUUCAUACCUGCAGCAUUUAGAUAUGUUUAAGAAGAGAAGAAAAGAGAUGCUACACAAGAAGUGGGUGGAAACUGUAGCAGAGCCUCUUCGGCAAAGAAUCGCAGAAAAAGUAACUUUGCUCAGAGGACGUGAAAAAACAAAGCAAGAGAAUGCUGACUAUCACUGCAACCAUGCAAGGAAAUCGGUUACAGUGCCCCCGUUUGCUGGUCCUCUGUUUCAAAGACAGCAAAAGGCAGAGGAAGAGAAGAAAAGCGGCCCUCGGGAUGGGACAGGAAGGCGAUGUUCCACAAAGGAGCUUAAACACACGGACAAGGCCGGCCUGCGUGCCAGGCUGCCCCAGGGCCCAUCCCCUGGCCUCCGCAGGCCCCCAGAGGCGUGGUAUGACACUGCUCGGAGACCCGGGGCGCACAGUGCCUGCAUGCAGGCAGUGGCCAGUCCUGAGCUGCUCACCGGCGCAGAAGAGCAGCUGCUGCAGGGCGAGGAGCUGACCUCGGACCUGAGUCAGAUCCUGUUUGAAAGGCAGUUCCGGCGCUCGAGGCUCAGCCGGGAGACCACGGGAGCUGCAGAGAAGGUUUUAGGGGCCCAACAGCAGCGCCCCCGAUCCUGGGCAGCUGGGGAUCACCGACAGAGACGGGGCUCACUGUCUGCGCGAGGAGGAGCCAUGACGGCAGAGGUGCUGGGGCAGCACCUGGUGUCCCUGCAGGCGGCGGCCAGGCCACCGUCAGCCUUUCACUGCAGAUGACUCCGGCCUGCGGCCUUACAGCAGUUAAAACACCGCACAAGCCUUUUCUCUCUCCAGAACUGGAGAGCUGUUACAAGAAAUAGCCCAGUAAUACCACUUGCUGUUUACUGAGCUUGCUGUGAACCGUGAACUGUGAGCUGUUUGUGUUCAUUAAAAAGCCCAAACCACA